AGAGUUAAAAUCACGUAUAAUCAGCUCUUUCCUUGGUGAUCACGUACUUCCAUAUUUUCGUAAUUGCGUAUAAUCAGCUCUUGCCGAGAAUUUAGUGGCUUAGUGCAACAGAUCAGAUGACCGAUAUGGACCUUUUCGCGAAACUGCCGGAGGGAUGCAUCGCUGAAAUCGUUUCCUUCACUUCGCCGGCCGAUGCAUCGGCGCUUUCGGUCAUCUCCAAACGCUUCAAAUCGGCGACUGAAUCGGACGGCGUAUGGAAGAAGUUUUUGCCGCCCGAUAUUGAUGAAAUCGUCUCACAAUCAUCCAUUCCCUCUUAUUUAGCACCCACCAAGAAGGAUCUUUAUGCUCUCCUUUCUCAUUCCCAUAUCCUCCUCGAUGGAGGCAAAUUGGGUUUCUUUCUCGAGAAAAGCACAGGAAAGAAAUGUUUCAUAGUUGCACCCUCAGAACUUGUUUUCACUGAGAAGAUUUAUUCAAAUGGCCAGAUUAUGGUACAAGAGCUAAUAUUCGCCAGGUUAUUCACUGCACAUGUUCUUUAAUAGAGACGGGUUAUUGAAUGUUUGGCUCCUACUUAAUUUAUGAUUUCUUUUAAUAAGUCAAAUGUUAAGUAAACCUUUUUUUGGUAAAGGUCAUCUGAUGUGGCUGUACUGAACUUAAUGGCCGGUAGGAUGUUUAACAUUCUUGGGAGAAUUAGCCGUCAAAAGCUAUAUGAAGAAACACACUACUCAUCCUAUUUGGUGUACAAACUAUCACCGAAGCGUAGCUACUUCAAUGUCUCAUUCACUGGGUGUAGAUUUGUUGACAAUGAAGGUAGAGUUGUGCGUGAUAGAAUGAACUCGUAUGUGCGAAUUCCUGUUUCUAGAGAUGACGGGUGGUUGGAGGUGGAAAUUGGGACUUUUUUUAACGCGGAAGGAAAUCGCAGUGAUGUUGAAUCUUGUGUGUUAAAUCUUUGUCUUCAGUUCGCCCAAUCACUCAUUGUGCGAGGGAUUGAAUUUCGGCCUGAAACUAUUUUUGGAGAUAUGAGCGAUUGUGGAAUUUUUAAAGAAUUCCUGGAAGAAAAAUUGAAUUUCUAGUUAGAACAAUAACUAGCUAGUAUUUGAAGCCAAAAAGUAACUUUUCAUGCUGAAAUAUACAUAUUGAUUAUGUUCCUACAAUAAUUUGCCCAUAAGUACAUAAACAUUCGUUACAUUCUAGCUUGACGUGUGGGUGUACUUGCUAAUUUGCUAUCAAUUGGCCCAUGUGAAUGGCGCUGCUAAGAUAAUCAUAAAAAUCAACACCUUAUCUAUGAUUCAUGCCUCCAUGGUAAGAUAAUCUCUUCGGCAAUAAACCUCUUCGGCAGUGGCGGUUUAGAUCCGAAAGGCUAGGGUUCAGAUCGAUUGCUAAGCGGAGAUUGGGGGUUGUUGUGCGCUAGUUGUGCAAGGGGCGAGGUUUGUACGUUAUGGGAGAUUGGGAGGGACUGGAGGAGGAUGGGUGGGGCUGGUGGGAGCAGGGCGGAGGAACUGGUGGUGUACCAUCGGAAAAUAUUAUGUCACUGAACGAAUGGCACUGACGGCGAGUCACCGGGGGUAGGUCACUGACGAGGGUCACUGGCGGCAAGUCAUCGGCAGGGGCCUGCAGUGGUUGGCGGUAGUAACUGACCAGUGAGCAGCAGGUCACUAUGCCCGCCGGUGGUAACUGACUAAAUGGUCAUUGUGACCGCCGGCGGAGGUCACUGGGACCGGCGGCGGACGGAGGCGGAGGUCACUGUGGACGGGUCGGAGGUCACUGUAGCUAACACGUCACUGUUACAAGUAGUCAGUAUGACGUCGGUGGCAGGGUAUAAUGGUCUUCUUGAUAAUAAUUAGCCUCUUUUACGGAAGAUUGUAGACUAAUGUCUUUUUUCGUCCAUAUCUUGACUUUUAGUAUUAUUUUAGUCUUAACCCCUUUUUUGUAUUAGCAAUAGGCGUUGACAUAUAUUUAUAUCGGACAGGCCCGGUCCUGACAUUUUAUGGGCCCGGGACAAUACAAAUAGGUUGGGCCUUAGAGAUA